AUGACGGAGAGUAUUGCCAGUCUCCUGCGUCCCUACGGUGCUCAGGUCGUCGCAGUCCACAUGACGCACUCCGAGGCUUUGAUGCUACCUUUGCUCCUGGGCAUCCUCAGGACCGGAUCCAGCUUCCUAAUGUUGGACGGCUCCGGUCCUGAGCACAUGGAGGCGGCGCAGCGCUGCGGCGCCUCUUUGGUCGUUGCCAGCCAGGAGAAUGCAUUCAUGGGCUUGGACGGUGCUGCGGUCGUGUUGGCGCACCAGCUUGAGGCUGCUGCAAGGGAGAUCUCCAUGGCCGCAGAGACGGAUGGAGCUGAUGCGGAGAUGUGUUCCUCUCUCCAAGGCUGCACCUCUGCCAUUCCGAAAGCACUCCCUGCCUUCCCGGAGCCGUAUCGGGACGACAUGGCGCAGCACUACAAGUUCACUUCCGGUGCAUGUAUGAUCCAGUGUUCGGAGGAAUGUCCUGACAUCUUCAUUGAGGAGGGCAUCCCUUUCAUCUUGGCCGGUGGCAGCAUCGAGAUGCUGCCAAAGCAUGUCCUGCUGAACCAGGAUGCCCUUCAGCGAGCAGUCCGAGAGAGGGCCGCGACCCACAUGACCGUCAGCACCGCUCUCUUCGACACAAUCUCCAGCUUCAGCCUCCCCGGGCUCCAAGCGGUCAUUGUGGUUGGCGAAAGCAUGAGGACAAGCAAGCAGGAAGAUCACUACCAGCGGUUCCAGCGCGUACACCCAACGACUUCAAUCUUCCAAACCUCACACUUCAUGGAAGCCGCAUCCGGCCCUGCGAGACUACGCUGCAUCACCACAAAGCGGGAACUGCCGAUGGGCAAGGCAGUUCGCCGGGCACGGACCUACGUCCGUAGCGGUGGCCGGCUUUGGUCCAUGGUGAUGCCGGAUGAGGUGCAUGUGGAUGCUGAAGCCCUCGAGGAAGACGAAAGUCAGUGCCUCCCCGAUCCCGCCGAUGCUGUCCGGUGCUCUUGUAGGCUGAGCUACAACGCACGGGGACAAUCAGAGGAAGCUUGCUCUUGA